AUGCAUGACCCAGAGCCCCCACCCCUUCGACGAAGCCGUCUUCAAAAACCUCCAAAGCGCCCUCACCCCUCCGGCGAGCUCAGCGCACUCCACGACAAAUACAUACCCGGCCUCAACCCCCCCGAAGACACCCAACACGACGAACCGAAACUCCGAGAAGCCGACGCUUUAUGGGCCACCAUCGCCCGCGCCUCCAAGGCCAUUUUCGAAGGGAUGACGGAGCGGAAAAGGGUGAAACUUGGGCUCAAUGACGUUUUCAAGAUCUGGGCGAGACUCGAGGAAGAAACCGGGAUGCUCCGCUUUUCGCAGAGGCUGCACAGGUUGAACCAUCACCUGCUGGCCUGUGAGCAGAUCCUCGGCCUGUAUGGGGGUAUACCGUUGAGCGCGGAAAGGCAGUCAACACAAGAUAUGCAGAUAUUAGAGCAGGUUGUAUUCCCCGCAAGUGAGCAGCUCGUCAGGCUACAUGGACAUCUCUUGGACGCAGCAGGCCCAAGGAGCGGCAGUCCAGUACAGCAACAAACAAACGAAGGCGUACUAUCACAGAUCCGGAGCACGACAAGCAACGACUACAGGGGCUACCACCGUUUCGAGGAUAUCAUGCUCCGUCUGGUAACCGUAGGUCCAAAACUAACCGCGCCUCUAUGUGUUUCGGAAAAGAUCAUCGUGGCCCAACAUGAACUACAAGAUUUCUCCCGCCUGGUGCUCGAUUAUCCACGACUAGCCGGCGCCCAUGCGUCCUACCAAAAUCACUUCAUCGAAGUUCACCUCCUCCCCUUAGAAAGACGCUCAUAG